CUAGUUUGGAAGAGAAAUAUGGAAUUUGUGACUAACUCCUCAACACCAAGAUAUGAAUGUCUUGUCUUUGAUUUGGACGAUACUCUUUAUCCUUUAAGCUCUGGUCUAUCAGAAGCAUGCGCCAACAACAUUAUAGAAUUCAUGGUUCAAAAGCUUGGAAUAGAGGAAGACAGAGUUGUUGAACUAAACCAACUUCUCUAUAAAAAAUAUGGAACUUCUAUGGCUGGCCUUAAGGCUAUAGGUUAUGAAUUCGACAAUGACGAGUACCACAGCUAUGUUCAUGGGAGAUUACCCUAUGAGAACCUUAAACCGGACCCGGUUCUGAGAAAUCUUCUUCUUACCCUACCAUUUCGAAAAUUGGUGUUCUCAAAUGGAGACGAUGCUCAUGUGAAGAAGGCUUUAAAAAGACUCGGCAUUGAAGAUUGUUUUGAAAAAAUCAUAAGUUUUGAGACCUUAAACCCUAAGACCAACGAUGCUGAGGUUUCUUGCGUCGCAGGUCAUCUUCCAGAGAAUCCGGUUAUCUGUAAACCAACAGAGAUUGCUUUCGAGAAAGCCUUCGACAUUGCACAGCUCAAUCCUCACAAAACCUUGUUCUUCGACGACAGUAUCCGGAACAUCCAAACCGGAAAACUCAUGGGUCUCCGUACAAUCUUGGUUGGUAAAUCAGAAAAAGUGGAAGGAAGCGAUUACGCGUUAGAAAGCAUUCACAACAUGAAAGAAGCAUUACCGGAGCUAUGGUCGGAAUCAAACAACAAUAACACGAAAUCUGAAAGAAUCAAUUACGUCGCACAGAUCUCGAUUGCAACUUCUGUUGAAGCUUGAUAUCUACAUAUCACAUGUUUUACUCAAUCUCUGUGAAGAUCAUAUUUACAUAUCAUAUAGUAGUAAUAUUACCAUAUAGAUAGUA